GACUUCACAGCCCCCUUAUAUUCUACCUUUAACACCAAAUUUUAAAAACCAACCACAUAUAUAUGGCGUUCAUAUUUCUCUAAGAUAUAACUUGGAUUUGUUGAUUGAAGAAAAGCUUGUAAAUCUUUUGUAAACAUGAAGUUGAUGGCGGCGUUGAUGAUCGUGGCGGUUUUAGGGUUUUCGAUUGGUGGGUGCCAUUGCAAGGUGGUGCAAUUCAUCUUUGGAGAUUCUCUUUCCGAUGUGGGCAACAACAAGUACUUGUCGAAGACCCUAGCCAACGCGAACUUGCCAUGGUACGGUAUUGAUUUUGGUAAUGGACUGCCUAAUGGAAGGUUUACAAAUGGUCGAACAGUUGCCGAUAUAAUAGGGGAUAAAAUGGGUCUUCCAAGGCCACCAGCUUUCAUGGAUCCAUCUCUGACAGAAGAUGUUAUUCUUGCAAAUGGAGUGAACUAUGCCUCUGGAGGUGCAGGGAUAUUGAAUGAAACGGGUGGUUUAUUUAUUCAAAGGUUUUCUCUCUACAAACAAAUAGAGUUGUUUCAAGGAACACAAGAUCUAAUAGUAUCCAAAAUUGGGCAAGCAGCAUCAGAUAAGUUCUUUCAAGACGGAAGAUAUGUGGUUGCUUUGGGAAGCAAUGAUUUCAUAAACAAUUACUUGAUGCCAGUUUACAGUGAUUCAUGGACCUACAAUGACCAGACCUUCAUGACCUACUUAAUGGACACUCUCGGAGCUCAACUUAGACUAUUGCAUAGUUUAGGGGCAAGGCAGCUGAUAGUGUUUGGGCUAGGACCAAUGGGGUGCAUUCCUCUUCAAAGGGUGCUAAGUACAACAGGGGCUUGCCAAGACAAGACUAACAAAUUGGCUCUAAGCUUCAAUCAAGCCACUAGCAAUCUUGUGAAUCAAUUGUCAAGCAAACUUCCUAAUGCAAGCUAUAGAUUUGGAGAUGCCUAUGAUGUUGUCAAUAAUGUUAUCACCAAUCCACACAAAUAUGGAUUCAACAACUCCGACUCGCCAUGUUGCUCAUUUGGAAAGAUUAGGCCAGCUCUAACAUGUGUUCCUGUAUCAGUAUUGUGCAAAGAUAGAAGCAAGUAUGUGUUUUGGGAUGAAUACCACCCAUCAGAUAGCGCUAACGAGUUAAUCGCAAACGUGAUGAUCAGAAAACUCUUUUCAAAUAAUGGAAAUAAUGGUCCUUCCCCUGCACCUGCCAUUGCUCCAUCCCCAGCUGCAUAAUUUCAUUUUUUGUUUUUUGGUUUUUUAAAAAAUAUGAUUCUCCAUAUUUCUCUACAGAAGCUAUUUAAUUUUUCUUUGUAAUCUUUGAUGAGUUUAGUUAUAUGAAAUAAGUGUCCAUAUGGUUUGAUUACAAACUUAAUUAUGGUUUUCAUAUUGUUUAAUUGUAUUGAACAAUUAAAUUUGAUUAUAUUUAA